UGCACUAGCAUUUAGAAGACGACGCGCGCUCACGUUUCAUGAGGAACUAGGAUGGCGACAGAGAAGCUGGCUUUGCACGUUCCGAGUUUGGAAGAGCUGUGCACAGUGUUGCAGAAUGGGCUACAGGAGAGCUUUGAGUCAGUGCAAGUUUCUGUCGUGGAGUGCCCUGAUCUUACUCAGCAUCCUUUUUCCUUUCCUGUCAAAGGAAUUUGUGGACAUCCCCGAAUAACAGAUGUGGGAGGGGUCCCAUAUUUGAUACCACUGGCUCAGAUUGAUAAGGUUUACAAUAUGAACACAGUUGCCAAAGAAAUUGAGAUGCCUGGAGCCUUUAUUUUAGGAGCUGGAGCUGCUUCUUCUAAGAGUUUGGGUAUUAAUGCAGAGUUAAUGCCUCUUAUUUGGACUGAAAACAAAGACAGGUGUGCAGUUAAUAGCAGCUAUUAUUCUACAGUGAAUAAGAAGGAUCAGACUUGUAUGCUAGGGAAAUACAGUGAUAAAUUUAGUGAUUGUGACAUUGCGCUACUUGGAAAUCUUUAUGCUUGUGAAGGAAAUCCUGGAAAGGUUGUUCAGAUAAUGGCAACUAAACGGACUGGAGAAUACAGUUUAGUCACUGCUAUGAGAAAAACAUUAGAGAAGCAGUAUGAGAAGCCUGUUGCAAUGGGUGGAACCUUCAUCAUUCAGAAAGGGAAAGCAAAGAUUCACAUUAUGCCUCCUGAGUUCUCCGUUUGUCCUCUGAAGACUGAUGAUGAUGUAAAUAACUGGCUAAAGUAUUUUGAAGUGAGUGCGCCACUUAUCUGCCAAUCUGUGCUGGUGUCCAAAGAUCCAGGUCUGGACCUGCGUGUUGAACAUACACACUGCUUCAGUCAUCAUGGAGAAGGUGGACACUAUUAUAUAGAUACAACUCCAGAGAGUGUGGAGUACUUGGGUUAUUUCCUUCCAGCUGAAUUUUUAUAUCGAAUAGACAGACCAAAAGAAACUCACCAAAUAGGUAGAGAAUAAUUCAGAAAGAAUCUACACUAGACUAUGUGCUGAUAGUAAAACUAAGCCAAAUGUCUAGCAACAGACAGUAUAAUUACUCUGAAGGUACAGGCAUUUGAUAACAUGUCUCCACAAAAUGUAAAUCAUCAGUAUUAACGGCCAUUAAACAGUCAGCUCUUAGAAAUAAUAAGCCAGUUUUAUGAUUUGGCAAUACUUUGAGUUUGCAGAGCACAUUGUGAGCCUUGAAUGUAAAAGUGCUUGCAGAGUUCAGAAAAACUUAAAAGAAAAAGGAAGGUGAAGGAACAAAAUGAAGUAUUGAUUGCUUAAAAAUGAAAAGGUUUGAAAUUUGAUUAUCACUUGUGGCUUUUUAUGAGUAUGUUACACAUUUAAAGUUAAUUAUUGAUUUGAACACAGCCUAUCCCUUUUUCAGUUAUUUUUAUAUGUAAUUUACUUUGGGACUCAUGAAACAAUCAUUGAAAAUAUUGGAUUGGACAACAACAGGAAAGGGAGGCCUGCCUGCCUGGAAAAUCUGGAAUCUGGGACCAAAGCUUUUAUUUUUCUUUUUGCCAGUGUCAUUUGACGGUUUUAUAAAAAGUUAUAAUAAUUAAAAUCUAUAUAUGUAAGCAACUCUUACAUUAAUUCUUGUGUCAGCCACUAGUUAAAUGUGGUUUAAUUUUAACACAAAUCAUUAAUCAUUUUUAAAAAACAAAUAUUUUGUUAAACUAAGUUCUUUAGAUAUGUAAACAUUUGAGACAUUUAUGAUUGUAUAUUUCUUUGCGCACACAAUCAGCUGUUUUGUGUCCAUUAUAUUGGUGUUUUGCUGCAUGUAUUUUGCAUUUUUAAUUUAGCUGUACUGCAUUUGUAAUAGUGUAGAGCACAUUCUGUUCAGAAGUGGAAGGUUGAUUUUAGGAAUAAAUUGAAUUACUAAAUUUAAGAGACGGUCAUUGGCCAAGUCAUGAAAAUAUUUGUUUAAUUUGCAAUUUCCUUGAUUAAAGCUGCUGAUUUACAUACCGUA